GUGAGAACGCAGGGGACGGGGAGUUGGAUCUGAGUGGGAUUGACGACAGCGAAAUAGAUCGGUAUAUACUUAACGAAACAGAAGCUCAGAUAAAAGCGGAGCUGUGGAUGAAAGAAAAUGCAGAUUAUUUGAAGGAACAAAAAGAAAAGGAAGCAAGGAUAGCAAAAGAGAAAGAACUUGGGAUUUAUAAGGAACACAAGCCAAAGAAAUCUGCAAAGAAGCGGGAGCCAAUUCAAGCCAGCACAGCAGGAGAGGCAAUUGAAAAGAUGUUAGAACAGAAGAAAAUCUCAAGUAAAAUUAAUUAUAAUGUGCUAAGGGACCUGAACAGCAAAGGAAGUGACACACCAAAGAAAGAGGAUGACAGCACUGAUGACAGCACCAACACCAAGAAGCUGUCAAGAAGGAAAUCUAUUGCCAGUAGGAAUAUAGCCAACCCUGUAAACAGUGUGGGAAAAAGAUUAAGACCCUUGAUUUCGACACAGCUUGCUAAAAAGGCUGCCACUGAAGAGGUGACCUUUCCAAAUGCACAAGCAGAAGCCUCUGACAUAGCAAAACCAGCGGCUGUGCUAGUGGAGAGUGGCCCAGUAGCUUACAACCCUGAUGAAGAGAUGGAAGAGGAAGAAAUAGAAGAAGAUGACGAUCACUGCAUGAGCGCCUUGCAGUUGAUGGGAGGGAACGAUUAUGGCUGUGAUAUGGAGGAUGAUGAUGGCUAUUAG